CCGUACCUAGAAUCCACUUUGCAGAACGCAUGUGGACCGUUUACGAGAAACUUGACAUCGUGGCCUGCGAACGCUAACUCUAUAUGCCAAACGCUGUGCUCAAUUUUCUGAGUCCUCGGACGCGCGGGCAGCCACACUUCCGGGUCGCCAGGUUGCUCUCCGACCGCAUCCUCGACGGCUGCAAUGGACUCGCAAUUGGUCCUCACUGCACUCGCAUCGCACGUAAAACCAUGGAACUCGACUGUAGACGACGUGGAUGACAUCAUCGAUCUCUGGAUACCUCCGAGGACUCGCAUACUCUACUUGGGGACGAUACUGCCUGGUGCCGUGGUGCUCUUGACCAUCCUCUACGACCUCAUAUCAUCCUAUCCCUGGCCACAUUCCCUCUGGAAGCUUGCUUACGGGCUGAAAUCACCCUUCAGGGACUUCCUCACUCUUAGAGACCUUGACAGCGAGCUGGGGCCACCUCAGAAACCGUCGGCAUGGAAAACUCGCGCCUUGAUCGUGCUCGCUACGCUGGCUGCUGCCGGAUGGGCCGGAUUCCUGGCAUAUGGCAUUUCCGGAGGCGAAUUGGGUGAAUGGGAGCUCUUGCACGCUGAUGCGCAAUUCUGCGGUUGGGCCUACGUCGCUAUCCGUCUGGUGUAUAAGCCACCUAUCACCCCACCGUACUGCCUGCUAUUGUUUUACACGUCAUACGCGACAGCGGCCUUCGUGGACCUCGCUGCAGAUACCCUGACACGUCAUUUCGCUGGCGCAGUUGCUAUUCUCAUAGAUGUGCUCCGUCUGGCGGUACCAGCUGCCUCACUUUGGAUUGGCGGGACGUUUCCCAUGGAGCGAGUGAUGCCUGCGCCGAAUGUUGCUCAAGAAAAAGAUGUCCCAUCUCAUGGAUUGACCAUGCCCGAAGACGGCGUUCACUUGUGGUCAUGGUGCAUGGUCACUUUCGUGGAACCUCUCUUUAAGGUCGCGAAUGAGAGAACUCUUAAUGAGGAAGAUGUUUGGGCUCUCUCGCCGUUCUUCCUGCAUAAAAAUCUUUUCACGAAGUAUCUCACAUAUGCCAAAAGACAUCCCAAUCAUUCUCUACUUUGGUUUUUGCUCGCGUCGAACUCUCUAGACCUCAUAUUAGAUAUUCUACUUGAGCUUUGGAGUGCCAUAAUUGGCUUCGUUCCGCCAUACGCGUUGCAGCGUAUCCUUGCCGCCUUGGCCGAAUCGUCACCUAAUUCUCGUGCAACGGCGUAUUUAUGGACUUUCGUCUUCUUCCUCAGCAAUCUCUCUUUUGCUCAAGUCGACGUCUUCCAGCGAUGGCAUACUAGAAGGUGCUAUGAGCGUACUCGGGGCCAACUCUUCUGCGCUCUGCACUACAAGGCAUUGAAGAGAUGUGAUAUUAGCGGACAAGCUACGGAGAAGUCAAAAGACGGCAAGGAAGACGAAAAGGCCGGUGCGGACCUCGGCAAAAUUGUUAACCUCAUGCAGGGAGAUGCAUACGCUGUCGCUCAGCGUUUCUGGGAGUUCUCAGGUGUUUUCUUCUCGCCUGUCAGACUCACCAUCGCUCUCAUUUUUCUCUAUAAUAUCCUAGGUUGGAGUGCCUUGGCUGGUGUGGUCGUAGUGCUGGUCGCAUAUGUCUUCAACUACCCUCUUGCAAAAUACAACAUCUAUAUCACGAGACGAUCUUGGGCCGCGAGAGACAAGCGGAUGAGUCUUGUAAAUGAACUAUUCCAAAACAUCAGAUUCUUAAAGUUCUACGGCUGGGAGACGGGCUGGUCAUCCAAAGUGCGCGAAGCACGAGAGACAGAACUGCGCUGGCGCGUGAAACAGAAUAUUGUCAGCACCGUGAUAUCUUUCAUUUGGAUUUGGAUGCCGUCUGCCACAGCGCUGCUAACAUUCCUGUGCUACACACUCGUUGCGGGUCAGAAACUGACUGUAGCGAAGGCCUUCACCUCUAUUGCGCUCUUCAGCCAGCUUCAGGGGCCGAUGACUGACCUUCCAAACCAGAUCUUUGCUCUACUCUAUGCCUAUGUCAGUAUGCAGCGUAUCGAAACCUUCCUCAAAGAGCCUGAGGUGCCCGAUUGGGCGUCAUCUCUACAGUCUUCUGGGAGCUCGGUUUCAAGAGUCCCAGAAAUCGGCUUCGAGGACGCUUCUUUUCAAUGGGACGUUGCGCCCCGUAGCGAGCCGGCUCGGUUUACCCUAGGGCCCUUAAACGUCAAGUUCCCGAAGAAUCAGCUUAGCCUUAUCAGUGGGUCCACUGGCUCGGGCAAAAGUGCAUUGCUCAACGCUCUGCUGGGCGAGAUGACGUGUAUGUCCGGACGUGUCAUGCUCAACAAGUGGGGGCACCAGGUCGCAUAUUGUGCGCAGAACCCUUGGUUAGAGCAUGCCACGAUUCGAGACAACAUUGUGUUCAGUUCCGCGAAAGGUUUUGAUGAAGCCCGGUAUCAGGCCGUCAUCGAUGCUUGUGCCUUGUCGCGGGACCUCGAAGUCUUCGAUGCUGGUGAUAUGACCGAAAUCGGUGAGAAAGGGAUUACACUCUCCGGCGGACAAAGGGCUAGAAUUGCGCUGGCUCGAGCUCUGUAUUCUCCUGCCUCGUUGAUCAUCCUCGAUGACCCCCUUGCCGCGGUAGACAUGCACACUGCCCAGCACCUUGUCAGAAACGCACUGACCGGCGAUCUCGCUGAAGGCCGAACAAUCUUGCUUGUUACUCACCACAUCAGCUUGUGCCUUCCGUACUCCUCUUUCCUCGUUGAGCUCUCAACUGGUAAAAUCGUACAGCAGGGCACUGUUCAGGAGCUUCGGGAGCGGGGCGUCCUCCAGCAGGUCGUUGAGAAGGAAGAUAUCGUUGAAGAGCCCGAGGAGGAGACACUCGCCUCUGCUCCUGUUGAGAAUCAGGCAGAUCUUGUUGACGGAAAGACGAACGGAAAAUACGAUCGAAAGCCUUCAGAUGGUAGGCUCGUCCAGGCAGAGGCAAGGGCGGAAGGACGGGUCUCUAUGCAUAGCUACCUGACUUAUAUCCGCGCAUCUGGAGUGUUCUGCUCCCUCCUCACCCUGUGGCUGCUCAUACAGAUUCGUCUGAUCAAUAUUGGGGUUCAGUUCUACCUGGCGAGAUGGGGAGAGGCAUACGAGAAGAGCGUAGCGUCUAACGCCUUAUUUGGUCCUCUGCAUUGGCCUUGGGAGCAUCUACCGUCUCCAAACCAAAACGUCGUUCCUUGGCUGAUGAUCUACUUCUACCUGUCCAUGGUCGGCGCGUUCUCCGUCCUCGCAUACAUUGCGCUUGGUUUCUACUCCAGCCUGCAAGCGUCCCGCAAGCUGUUUGUUGCUAUGCUUGCUCGCUUAACUGCGGCACCAACCCGCUUUUUCGAUGUGACACCCAUCGGCCGUAUCCUAAACAGGUGGACGUCUGACAUGAAUACUAUCGACGGACAGCUCCAAAACCCGUUCCGUGCAGCUCUGGCCGGCGUCUUGAACUUCGUCGCAUCUUUCCUAGUGAUUAUCUGCGUCGUUCCUUCGCUUGCGCCGUUCGCGUUGGUCAUCGCUUGGCUGUACAUCCGUUUGGCUCCGCCGUACAUUAAGACUUCGCGAGACCUCCGCCGCCUCGAGUCCAUCUCGCUUUCGCCCGCCUUCGCCGGGUUUGAUGAGCUCCUCCGUGGACUCCCCCACGUGCGUGCGUUUGCCAUGGAAUCACGGUAUCAGGACCAUUUCUACAAGCGGGUCGACAAGUUUCAGUCGUUUGAUCAUGUAUAUUGGCUCGUCUCAAACUGGUUGAUGUGGCGAUAUGAUUGUCUCGGAUCUUUGGUCGUGUUUACAACGACGAUGUUUGCCCUAUGGAGCGGCAUUGGGGACGGCCUGGCCGCGCUUGUGAUUGUCCAAUCCCAGAACUUCGCCGACGCAUCAAGGCAAUUGGUCAAAGUUCUUGCACAGCUUGAGCUGGACUUCAACAGCGUCGAACGGAUUGCUGAGUACCUCGAGGUCCCACAAGAAGCUCAAGCGAUCAUUCUAGACCGUCGGCCUCCGGCUUAUUGGCCCUCCAGCAAUGGUGAACUCCGUGUCGAGGAUCUAGAGGUCAGAUAUGCCCCCGAUCUUCCCUCGGUCCUAAACGGUAUUUCAUUCACGGUCCACCCCGCUGAAAAGAUUGGUGUCGUUGGGAGGACAGGUUCCGGGAAAUCAACGCUCGCGCUAUCACUACUUCGGAUCGUAGAACCAUCGGGCGGGUCGAUCGUCUUGGAUGGUAUAGACAUUCAGUCCAUCGGCCUUGAUGAUCUCAGAACGCGCGUCACCAUAGUGAGCCAAGACGUCUCCCUCUUCUCAGGCACCAUACGCAGCAACUUGGACCCCUUUUCCGAGCAUACCGACGCGGAGUGUUGGGAGGUUCUCGAGCGUUGCCACCUUGUGUCCGUGCUCAGCGGCCCUGAUGGAAAGGCGAACGCCGUAGCCAUCACACUCGACACGCCCAUUAGUCAGACCGGGUCGUUGAGCGCGGGCGAACGGCAGCUUGUCGCGCUCGCACGUGCUGUGCUCCGACGCAGCAACGUCGUUAUCAUGGACGAGGCGACAUCGCAGAUCGACACCGCCCUCGAUGACCAGAUCCAGCGUACCAUCCGCGAAGAAUUCGCCGGUGCGAUCGUCAUCACCAUAGCGCACCGCUUGAAGACUGUUCUCGACUAUGAUCGCAUCCUGGUUCUUGGGCAUGGGGAGAUCCUCGAGUUUGAUACGCCGGAGGCGCUGAUUAGCAAGCAGGGAGGGGUCUUCAGGGAGAUGUGCCGCGCAAGCGCAGACUGGGCGGUUAUCCAAGGCAUCGCCCGCCGCUCUGCCCGCUCGAGUGGACGCCCUGAUUCGUAAUACGGCGCAUGAUUACAGUCAUCGUAAAGCAAUCUCAGCGUCGCGGCAGUAAAUAAUGCGCAGCCAGGUACCGUAGCAUCACCAAGAUUACAUUAUUUUCCGCUCAAACUCUCGAGCCCGAAAUCUCCUGACGCGCGGUCAAGGUCGUUGAAUGGGUCCCGCAUGCUUCCCGUCUUAGCCCGCCAGAGCUGGGUGUAAAGCAUCUUAAUCUUCUGCAGUUCGGCAUCGACGGCUGCGGUCCUGUUUGCCAGAGCCAUAAAGGUGGCAUGCUGCGCUUCCAGCGUUGAUACGAUGGCUGGAGAUAUUCAGUUGUG